AUGGCGCGUGGCUCUUUGCCUCUGACUUCCCCUGGAUCCUCCCGCGGCUCGCUUCGUGCGGCGUCUGUCCUCUGUUUGCUCCUUUUUCUUCUUUCUCCGUCGUUCCUCUGUGGGGCCUUCGCGUGCGAGGCCGCAGCGGCUGCGGAGGGGCCUGGCGCGCGGGCUCUCGGGGCGAAAACCGACCCGUGGCUACCGUCCCUGGACCUCGCGAUUCCCGAGAGUCACGACACCCGCAAGACAGUCUACGACGUGCUCAAGGAGGUGGAAGACACGCCGAACGACAAUCUGCUUUUUGCAGUCGCGCGCGACGUCGUGAACACCUAUCAGCUGACCAAACCAUUCUUCGACGAGUUCCUCCGCUUGCACCAACAAAGCCGCGCAAAGCAAAAAGCGAAAAACAACGUCCUCGCCGGCAUCGACCCUCCCAGCGGAGCGAACCCGAACGGCGUCGCCGCCACCGCCGCGCAGCCGCUCGCGUCGCCCCUCGGGUCCGGCGCCGAGAGCCGCGGCGACAGGGAAGACGGGUGGAAGAAGAAAAAGGCGAGGCGAGACGAGCGGGAAGGCAAGAAGCACCAGGAGAGGAAAAAGAAAGUGCAGGAGGCCGGGACGCCCGAGCAGGGCGGAGAAGAGAAAGAAAAGACGCACAGAGACAAGCCGAAGCUCCUGGGGUACUCUGGAACCUCGCGACUCCUGAGCUGA